UAAAGGAAGAGCCCGAAGCAGAAGAAGUGAAAAAGGAGGCUACUGAAAAAACAGAGGAAGCAGCAGAAGAGCAGAAGGCGACUAAAGAGAAAGAAAAAGUAACUGAGCAGGCAAAGAAAGAGAAGCCUUCAAAGGAAAAGAAGACAGAAAAGAAGACGGAGGAGGCUAAAGGCCCCAAACGUCCAAAAACCAUGCAAUGUAAAGUCACCUUACUGGAUGACACUCUGUUUGAGUGUGAGCUUGACAAACAUGCUAAAGGCCAGGAGCUUCUAAUGAAAGUGUGUGACCAUGUCAACCUGCUGGAGAAGGAUUACUUCGGUCUGGCCAUCUGGGAAACUCCAACCAGCAAGACAUGGUUGGAACCUGUCAAAGAGAUCCGAAAACAGGUUUCAGGUGGCGUCUAUGAGUUUACAUUUAAUGUAAAGUUUUACCCUCCUGAUCCGGCACAGCUUACAGAAGACCUCACCAGAUAUUUCCUGUGUCUUCAGCUCAGGAAGGACAUCAUGCUUGGGGUUCUUCCUUGUUCUUUUGUCACGCUGUCCCUGCUGGGCUCCUACACGGCCCAGUCAGAGCUAGGAGAAUAUGACCCGGAGCUCCAUGGGACUGAUUAUGUUAAAGAUCUAAACCUGGCACCGGGGCAGACCAAGGAGCUGGAGGAAAAAGUGAUGGAGCUGCACCGAACAUACAGGUCAAUGAGUCCAGCCCAAGCAGAUUUGCUGUUUCUGGAAAAUGCCAAGAAACUUGCGAUGUAUGGAGUUGAUCUGCACCAAGCCAAGGAUCUGGAUGGUGUUGACAUCACACUAGGUGUUUGCUCCAGUGGUUUGAUGGUUUACAAGGACAAGCUGAGGAUCAACCGUUUCCCGUGGCCCAAAGUGCUCAAAAUCUCUUACAAACGAAGCAGCUUCUUCAUUAAAAUCAGAGCAUCAGAGCAAGAGCAGUAUGAGAGCACCAUUGGCUUCAAGCUUCCCAACUACAAAGCCUCAAAGAAGCUUUGGAAAGUUUGCGUUGAGCAUCAUACUUUCUUCAGGGUUCCUUCCGUGGAGCCUCCAUCCUCCCGCCGUUUUCUUGUCCUGGGUUCCAAGUUCAGGUAUAGCGGCCGUACUCAAGCCCAAACCCGACAGGCCAGCUCCAUGAUCGACAGGCCAGCCCCUCGCUUCACACGCUCUGCCAGCAAGAGGUUGUCACGCAACUUAGACGGUGCUGGAGAUCAGACUCUCCAGUUUCUGCAGCUACUCUCUGCAUCAUGCAGGUCUGAGGUUGAUGAUUGGUCUUUGUUGAUGGCAGCAGAAACGUCCCGGCCCUCUGCUGAAUUUCCAGCCAGAGGGGAGUCUGAGCAGACUUCCACUCAGUCCUCAGAGGAAGGACAGCUUGUUCAUUCAGUCACAAUAUCCCGGAAUGGCACUGAGACCACAGACGGCAGCGCUCAAAUCAUUGGUGAACAGCAGGGAAUAAAGGAAGGAGAGUGGUUUGACCUUCUGUAUCGGGAACCUUCUGUAGCCGCUGUCCAGACUUUUGAUUUUGUGAAACAGCCAGUCAAACCCAGCUUGGCGUCCUCCUCCUCCUCGGACCGCCUUUAUCAACCUGCACCAUCACAGCAGGACGACUGGUUCCUGUACUUCGACCGCAUCUUAUCCAAGUUUGAAGAAAAGACUCUGUCAUCUCGUAAAACUCAGCCUCAGAUCUUUGUGGAGGAGCUUGUCACAUCAGUAGACAAACAGGAAGACACUACCGAACAAGUCAUUGAAAGACUGCAGAGAUCUGUGGUCUUAAUAGAUGCACUGGCAGAGAUGGAAGAUCUGGAAGAGAAGCUGAAGAAAGUGAGGGACUUGGAGGAAAGACUUGAAGAAACGGGGGAGAUGACGGAGAAGAUUCUGAGGAUGGUUGAAGAAGAUCUGGGGCAGGAAGAGGUGGAAAGGUUAAAGGCGGAAGAGGGUGAUUUGGAUCAGGUGGUAUUAGAGAAAUAUGUGAAGAGGCUGGAGACCAUAGACGAUGAUGAGGAUGAACUGGGAGAGCAGAUCAAGCAGGUUUUUUUCAAAGGUUUGAUCCCAGUAGAGGAAAACGAGCUGAAUCAAUUAGACGAUAGUUUGAAGGAAAAGAUGAAGAAGAUGGAAAGGGAAUGGCUGGAAGAAGUACAGGAAACAUUUGACGCUGCAGGAGUUUCUGGAGCAACUUCUGUUGUGACUCUGAAGAUGGUUGAACACAGAGGCGAGAAGACGGUGACUGUUAUUGGUGAGGGGGAGAAGUCAGAUGGGAAUUUAGAACAAUUGACUCAGAGGGAGGUUAUAGAGAUGCCCGAUUAUGGAAAUCCACUUCAGAGGGCAAAUGACGAUGAGUGGUACCUGCUUUUUUACCGUCCUCCAACCCAAGUAAUAGCCAGCCCAUCAGAUGAGAGUAAAUAUUUGAGUUCAGUGGAGAAGAGACAGGUAGGAGAAGAGGAAAUUCAGGAACUGCAACGACCGACGCUGAUGGAAAAGGUGGAUGACUGGUUUAUGUUGUUGGCUGGUAUUCCAAGAGAAAGCCCCUACAUAGAACCAGUAACCAUUAAGGAAGCCCAGGUUGAUAAAGAAAGGGUCGUCUCUGUGGUUGAAGUUUCAGAAGAUUACAAAGUUGAGGAGAGACUGGUAAUACAACAGGCUCCCCAAAGCGAUAAAGAAAUCCAACCAGUGACUCAGAGGGAUGUUGAUAGGUUUGUGUCGCUGGAUGUUCCUUCUAAACAAACUGAAAAUGUACAACCAGUGAGUCUAGCAGGGGGUGUUUCCCAGUCCCAGAUUGAAGCAGUCCCAGCUGUUGAUCUGAGAGAAAAAAGAAUGGAGAUUUUUGUAGAGGAUGCAGAAAUAAAACUAAUACCAAGACAAACUGAAGAUGACUGGUUUGUGCUGUUUGACCUUCCAGAUAGGGGAUCAUCUUUUAUGCAAAAAGCUUCAAAGGCUGAGUAUGUUCAGGUUCUUCAUAGAGAAAGCAUGCCAACCAUGCCUGUGACUGAGUUAGAGGAGAGGAGGGAGGUUAUAGUUGAAGAGAUCUCGAUUCAGAAACACACAAAGAAGCUUCCAGAGCAGACAAUAUUGCAUCCAGUGAGCAACCGAGAUGAUGAUUGGUAUCUGCUGCUGGACACAAUUCCCAAAGUGAAGCCUUAUGCACCUCCAGUUUUUGUGCCACAAACAUCUAAAGCCAUUCCAAGUGUUUCAGGUGAAGCAAAAAUUGUAGAGCAGAGGUCAUCAUAUCCGAUUAGCCCACAGCCUUUGCAGCCUCUAGAAAAAGAUGACUGGGCCAUUGUGUUUGAGACGCCAGUUAUUGUGCCUACAGUUGCCGCUGCUGAGACUAUGACAUUUAAAGAGACAAAGACGUUUAAAGUCGAGGCAAAAACCACAGAGAUUACAACGUACAAGGAAGCGAGAACCACUGAGAUUAGAGCAGAAGAGGAGGUGAUAAUUGGCACGGCCAGCAGACAAGAUGGUACUCGUUUUUCUGAAAUAAGGCCAAGCCGACCUCCAACUCUAUCAAACCUAGAAGAUGAUUGGCUUGACCUGUUUGACAUUGCUCAAGAGAAACGCAUACUCUCUCCACCAGUUGCUGCGGUUCGGAGGGUUGAAAUACCCGUACCCAGUGAACCAAAACCAAAAGCCGUCAUGGAGGAUUUAAGGGGACCUCCUGUGACUUUAGUCAGCCCGCUACAACCAAAAUCUGUGGAUGAUGAUUGGUUUGAACUGCUUCAUGCAGCAAAAGAACCAGUGGCUGUGAAGCAACGGGACCUCCUUGUUCCUGAAGUCAGAGAGGCUAAAACCUUUGUAGUCCCAGAGCAAAGAAAACAGCAGAGGGUUUCUAUAGUGGAUGAGAAGUGGCAGCAAAAAGAAGCAUUGAAGGAACGUCCACCGCAAAUAAAAGUGGAAGAUGAUUGGUUUGUUCUUCUGGAUCGCACUCCAAAGACAUCAGUCGCUGCUCCUGGACGAAGCAGGCUCCGAUCAGAGGUCAGAGCUCCAGCUCCUGUGGCCACAACAAGGACUGAAAUUCCUAAAAAGCCACAAUUUGAGAUGCGGAUCCUGGAAGAAAGGCAGCCUCUCACGCAAACACUUGUCACUGAUGAUUGGUUUGUCCUGCUAGAAUCUGAUGCCAAAAAGUCAGUUGUGAGCUCACAGAGGGGCACACGUCCGGUCAGCGCUCCAGUCUUCUCCCAGGCUGCCCUGGCAGAGGCAGGGAUCCCAAUGGCCCCCUUGGACCAGCCCCAGACCUCCACCCCCAUAAAGACCAGCCGCCUGGAAGAGAGGAAAUUGGAGGUCACAGUGGAAGCAGCAGAGCCUUCAAAAAUGGAGGAUUUGUCUGAGGUCAAGCCAGCAGCAUGGCGGGAGCAGAGGGAGGGAGACUCUUCACUGAUAUCCACCAUCAAUGGGGACAUUCAGCAUGAGUCUAGGACCGAGAGGACAAGCGUGGAGGGGGUGCAAAUGCGAAAGAAAAGAGCUAAGAAAAUUGAGGGUGACUCAAUUUAUAUCAGACAUAGCCUGUUAAUGCUGGAGGAGUUCGAUAAACCUCAGGAGGACCUGCUCCGGCACCACGCCAGCAUCAGUGAGCUGAAGAGGAACUUCAUGGAGGCUGUGCCAGAGCCUCGGCAGAGUGAAUGGGACAAGCGCCUGUCCACACACUCUCCGUUCCGCACCCUGGGCAUCAAUGGCCAGCCGCUGCCCAGUACAGACGGGUUUGUCAUCCGCCUCCCACGCGGCCCUCUCCUAGACUUCUACUCCAAACGCAGUUGAAGGGGGGGGUCUUCUCAACGCUGCGGACUUCCUGCACAAAGGUGUGAAUGUGAUGUACGAAGGCCGCGCCCAUCAGCCCAUCACUCUCUAGCUUUCCUCUCUGUUCCUCUCUUCCUUCUGCAAACACCACUCCAGCGCUCUUCAUCUCCCAUCCUCUUCUCCAAAAGACUGUAAAGACUUUGAUUCUUUUUAUUUCCUGAGGUUGAACAAUCGUCUGGUGUUUUUCCAGCCAGAAACGGACCUCAUCUCUAAAGACUAAACGCUGAAAUUGUUUAACAUUUUCUGUGAUGAAAUUUAAUGAUAACUACAGCUGGUAAUCAUCUUAAAUUUUUUAAUGUCUGACCGGAUCACUUUCAGCCCAUUUUAUACACGUUGGGGUGUGUUUCUAUCUUCACUAGUUCUUAGGAUUCUGUCUUUGGAAAAACAAAUCACUGUGACUUUUUUCUGAACACACAAGAAGAACAAAUUUAAAUGAGUUGUUUUGGGGAUUUUAUCGCUGCUCUUCCUUACAAUGUAGUAUUUCCUGUAGUAGGAAACCUCGAGGCAGCUCAGUUGUAAUACAGUUCUUUACCUUCACCAUAAGAGAGUACUUGUUGCAUGAUGUUUUGACAAUCAACUUAGACCAAGGAAUAAAAAGGCAUUCCAUAACCAGCUCAGUCUUUUUAUUUUUUUUUAUGUGUAUUGAGUGGGAUUUUAUUGUGAAAUUGUCAUGUGCUAAAAAUGAUGUUUAAGUGCAUGGUUGUCUUGGCGGUUUUUACGUAACUGCAGUUUUUCAAUCUUAUUAAAACAUUUAACUAAAACAGCUUGACCACCGUGCCUCAGACGGGAGGAAAAGAAAGGACAAAUUAGAUAUGAAACAAAAUAAAAACAAAUGAAGAAGCUUAAAGUUUCUUUAUUUGUUCUUGGCUAAGAUCUAUUCAAGACUCAUGCUCUCUUUAAAUCAAAACCCAAAGAAAAAGCUAGAAGCGGCCAUUCAUAUAUAAUGUGCAGUGUUGAGAGGUUAGCCAUUUCCAUUACCUCUAAUAGGCCAGCUAUUGCGGUUAAGAUGCUGAUUCAGUUAAACCCAAUGAGGCCUUUUAGAAAUGAUUAAUCGACUAUUAAUACAAUUCAAAACAUGAACAGGAAGGACCAUAUUAGGGCUUUGGAAGUGCAGACAGUCUAUCACAUUUGAAGACCCUGUUGAUAUACUGAUAUAAACCAUCUCAUGGAGAUAAAGUAACUAUAAUGACCUUAAGUCAACCUAUAAAACUAUAAAACACUUAUGUUUAAAUAAAUGUUGUAGUCCCUUGCUAUGUCGGAAUACGAAAUCCAAAAGAAAAUGAAAUAUAUAUUUAAUUAAGUUUAAAGUCCUCCUAAUGAAAUGGCCAUUGUACGUCUGUCUGUGCAGUAAAACAACUUAAAGCAAAGUCUUUACAAUCUCUUAUUUUGGUGCUAAGCUAACCAGCAGCCCUACUGUGUUCUUAAGAAAGCAGCUGACAAGACAUCACCUCCAUUACCCUCUUAAUAUAAAUAACUUUAAAAAACACAAGGCCAUUUCCUUCAGAUGAGGAUUUUGUACAUGCAAUUUGCUAAAACGUUAGCAGGCCUUGUUUCCACUCCUUGGUAUUUCAUCUUGAUAUAAUUUUGUACAGUUCCAGUUAAAGACAAUAGCUUUCAGGAAAAAUGUUUUUCUGUUUUAUAAACAUGGUAUGCUACUUGAACAUUGUUCAGCACCAUGAUAAGCAUGUUAGCUAUGGUCACAUCAGACCAACAGGGAGGAAAGUAUAGCAGCCAGUCCUUUUACCUCUGAAGGUCUUUGCAGAAGUAGAAGCACAGUUUGCUGCAAUAACUCAGAAAUUAUCAAAAAACCUGUAAUACAGAUAAAUGCUUGGUUUCCUAGGGAUGCGACCAACACAAUGGACCGGUAGUUGGAUUUAGCAGGGAUUAAAUUAGGGCUGAAACAAUUAAUCAGGUUAAUCAUAAUUCAUUCGAUUAUUGAAAUAGUCAACAACUAAUUUAGUAAUCGAUUCAUCUUUAACUGUAGUAUAGAGAGUGUAAAACAUGCCUUUAGCUGACAGAGUGACCCACUUAGAGCAGU